CCAAAGUGCAUUUCCCAAGCAACGAGAAGCGGCGCUAGGACCCAAAGACAACUCCCCGGGCCCCUAGAGAUGGUUACACCUGCCGCACAUCUCCCCUGCUGCUGCGUCCCAGGUGCGUGCGACUUAUCAUGCUGUCGAACUCGCUACCCGGAGCUUGCCAUUCAGGCGUUCCGUAGCCACAGCCCGUGUGCCCAUUCUGUGGGGCAGUGCCAGCUGCUCACACACAUCCUGUCAUGGCCGGCCCGGGGCUGGAGGAGGAGGAGGAGCUCUGGCUGUAUGGAGGUUCUCUGGCUCGUGAUGAGGAGAAUGGACCAGCUACAGGAAAUGCCACAACUUUGGGUGCACAGCAGGACACCGGUGCUGAGAGGCAGGGCGCCACAGAGGCUAUGCAGCCGGUCACUCAUAGCUGCAGCGAUACUGAGGAGGACAGUGACAAAGACAGUGAUGACGAUGAUGUGAAGGUCACUAUUGGAGACAUUAGAACUGGGCUUCCAUACUGCAUGACAUCUGAAGGGAACCCCAGAACCAGUAGAGGCUAUGGGUCUUCAGUAGGUAAGCAGAGAGGGAUAGAUUUGACUUCUCCUGGAUGUAUAAAUGGGUUACCAGUGUUGGAGGUGGAUUUGGACUCUUUUGAAGAAAAGCCAUGGAGAAAACCAGGUGCUGACCUUUCUGACUACUUCAAUUACGGGUUUAAUGAAGCAACAUGGAAAGUGUAUUGUGAGAAGCAAAGGCGGCUUCAGCUGGGACUGGACCAUGGCUAUCACCCAUGCAGCAAAGAGAACAGAAUAAGUGUGCAGCAAGGAGGAACCGGCAAUGCAAGUAACGAUGCAGAACCCGAGCCUAAAUGUGGUACUGAAUGUGAAGGAACAAACAUACCAGAGAAUACAUCAAAUAGGACACUGAGAGGAACAAUGGAUAUGGUUUGUAGCAUCACCACUGUUGAGGGCAGAAGAUGGGACUCCCAUGAACCACAAGAAAUUGCCAUUCAGGUUGUUGGAGAUCACGAAUACAAACCACAUCUGAUUCCACAACAUCAGCACCCUCCUCCACCCCUCCUGCUGCCUCCUACCAUCACACCAAAUCCUCCUCCUCUGUUUUCUGCUCCUCCUCCUCCUCACUUUCUUCAGCGGCCCCCUCCUCCUACCCAAAUGCCACCUCCCAUGCAUCUGCCAGUCUUACUGCCACCACCACUGCUGCCCCCUCCAACUGCACAUCAUCCACCAAUAAAUGGUCCCCCUGUUCCAUACAACAGCAGACCACCUAUACGCCAUGGGUAUAACUCAGCAGAUCCUGCUAUCAUGAAUUAUCCUCCUGCUUCGACCAAUCACACCUCUUGGGCGACAGCCGAGGACAAAGGAAACAGCAACACGGGAAGAAAUGAUUGGGUGUUAAGGAGAGAUCAUGAAUGGGAUCUGGGGAGAGACAGAAAGCACCCCCCUAAUACCAGUUAUAGAAAUGAGGGAAGUCAAUACUCCUUCUAUAGCCGGGGCAGGAGCUCGGAGUACCAGCACAAGUACCAGCACAGUCGGGAGCGCAGUCGGGAGCAGGAGGACAGAUCUCGAGGGGAUCACCGCCAGCGAGACAGAGAAGAAAGGAAUAAACAUAAGUCUUCCCGUCGCAAAAUGGAUAGUGAGGAACGUGAGAAUCACAGGCGUCAUAAACGUAAGAAGAGCAAGAGGGGGAAAGAGGACAAGGGCAGCAGUGAUGAAGUGAGCCAUGGAUCCAGGGAGUAAACAUCCAUAGCUUCCUAUUGCCUUUAGAAGAUUGCCGGAGUCAUUUCAAUCAGAACUAAAGCUAUAACAAUGAGUGCAUCCGCUUUAAAUACAAUGGGUUCAUCCCUCUGCCUUACUGUGGAUGCGCAGGUGCUUGGUCUGGUCUUAUUUCAUCAUUGAGGGGGCUUCUACACCUGUUUAACAUAAGCCCAUUUGGAUGAGUUUAUAUAAACUAGGGUGAAGUUAUUCUUUUAUGUGAGUAUCAUUGCACUAAUUGUCUUAUGCAUUUUCAGUGCCUUAAAUUCUGAAAUGAAAGAAAGUGAUGAAUAAAGUUGCAGUGGUUGUU